CCGCUGAGUGCAAUGACGAUACCGCGACAGGAGUUCGUGGGGCACGCGAUAUAAGGCGCGUGCGGUGUGUCGCGACAACAGUUGACGAUCGCUAAGGGUCCUGUGUGUGUUGUGAUUGUUGUUUACGAUGUGUUCCACAAAAUGGUUGUUAUGUGCGUUGGUGUUGGCAUGCGUCGCGAUGAGACACGCAACAGCUGCGCCAGCGCCGCAGAAGGAAGACCCGCCUAUGCCUUAUGAAUACAAAUACGACGUAGAAGACCAAGAGAAGACCCUCUUCUUCGGCGCGAACGAGGCGGGCGACGCGCAAGGGAAAGUCAACGGGGGCUACAAAGUGCUCCUCCCUGACGGACGCCUCAUGACUGUGGAGUAUACCGUGGAGGGGGACAGCGGGUUCGUGCCCAAGAUCACCUUCGAGGAUAACGCUAAUCCGUUCGGGAAGGGGAAAUAAGAAGGAGUGUGAGUGUGAUACUUGGAUUGUGAUGCCUGUUUCUGAUAGGAUUUUUUUGGACCAGAAUGACGCAGUGGAGCUAUAUCAAUAGUCUGGCAAAAAAUAAAAUAAAUAAAUAAAAACAUAUAAAAUUUAUUUACCAACACAGCAGGAAAUGGAAAUGUAUGAAAUCUAAAAGUAAAAUUGCAGAUACAUGUGUGUGCAGUAAAAUGGAUGAGACUCAGCGAGACCGCUGAUUUUCAAAUUUAAAUCUAAUACUUAACAAAUUAACAAUCUUAGUAGCUAAACAGACGAAUAGAUCGUAGAUAAGUAAUUAAAAGGUGGCAACAUUGAUGUGUUGCCUCUUUCAAAUUAAUACGUGUAAGAAAACGAGACGACACUAGGAUGUAGCAACGUUUGAAUUUCUACUCUCUUUUCCUGGGCAAAUGCGAGCAAUAUACGCAAUACCGCUCGCAUUUUGUUUUUUUUUUCUUUAUUUGAAACAAGACAGAAAAGAAGCUUUUAGGGUAAACUCGCCUCAUUCGGUGACACGCCUAAUUCGGUGGUACAAGCUUUGAGGCACUAUUCCGAAAGACGAUUUUUGGUUGUUUCACCGAAUUAGGCGUGUCUACGAAUGAGGCGAGUUUACCCCAUGUAUAACUAAAGUUUAUACUCCAUUUUAUGCUUUGGCAUACACGGUGUAAAUAAAAUACUGAUUAUUAUAAUUGCUGUAUCUUUCUAAAAAGCUAUGUUUCAGUCUAUCAGGAACAGGAAGUCAAAAAGAAAUCCGAGUAUGAUCGUUAUAGAUGAAUUUACCGCCAGUCUGCUCUGAAGAUUCCAUAAUUUUCUUAAUUUUCGCAUUGCAACUGAAUAAAACACUAUCGCUUGUGUUAUUUUCUUAUACCUACAAAUUUGUGCGUUUGAACCAAUAUCAUUCAAUAAUUUGGCAGCUGUUUUUGUCUUUAUGUGAAUUUACGAUAAAGGAACGAUAAAUUUGUGUUUUUUUUUAAGUUUUUUUUGUUUAAUUUUAUUUCAAUUUGGUUGAGGGUAGGUACACCCACAGUAGGUAGGUGUACCUUUAUUAUGUAGGUAUAUCCAAUUUUCUUGAGUGAUCUUGGUUCAAACGCACAAAUAUGCAAUAUCUUGUUAUAAGAAACUUCAGUAUUUCUUUUAAUACUUAUUUUGAUUUUAUUAAGUCAGGUACGUAAGAAAAGCAUUUAUGAAUCAAUCUUUCCGAAACGCAUUUUAUUUUCUUUUCUUUUAUUUUCAUGAGUCAAAACAAAACUUUAAAAAUCAAAUGUUUACCACUUUUACCAGUCUUGAAUAAUAAAGUAUUAUAUUUUAUUAUUUCUUAUCAUCAUCAUCAUCCUCCUUGCGCUAUCUCGGCGUUUAUUUUAUUGUUUCUUGUAUUAGUACCUACAUUAUGUUUUGUAUUUUUUGUUGUUUUGUCAGAAGUGUAAAUUUUAUCUUACUUAAUAAUUUUUAUAACGUGUACAAAUUUCAAUUGGAAUAUUAGCGAUUGUAGAAAGUUACCAAUUCUGUGAUUCAUUAAAUAUUAGAUAAGGUCACUAUUGCCAUUAGUUUUAAGAAAUUAUUAGAGUAUAAUUAUGUAAGUAUAUGACUAUUGUUUUAUCAUCGAACUAUGUACAAUUUGUAUACAAAUAAAUAUUUACGAUGA